AUGUCGCCGCAACGCGGACAACCCUCGCUGGGGGCGGACGACUAUGUCGCCCACGCCAAGCGAGGCCGCAUGGACGUCGACGAUGGGUACGGGCCGACUGGAGGGGGAGGGAGCAGCGGCGGGGGCCACUUCGGUGGCUACCCGCAGCCGCCCUUCUCUCCUCCACCGUCGGGCCCGAACUACCCCAACCAGCAGCAGGGCCAGGGGUACAACAACUUUGGCCCCGGACCCAACUACGGACCGUCGAACUACGGGCCGCCCCCGCCCAACUAUCCGACCCCGUCGUACGGGCCGGAUAGUGGUGGCUGGGAGCGGGCCGCCGACGCCUACAAAGAGCUCGCCGACGCUCGCCAGCAGUACGCCGCCCUCGCCGGCGAACUCGGCGAUGCGCGCGUAAAAGAAGCGGACCUGCGCGCGCGUAUACGCGAGCGCGACCGCGCCAUCGACGACGCCGAGAACCAGAUCAAGACGCUACAGGCGGAGCGCGAUCGGCUCGUCAAAGAAGUCAGCCGACUCAACGACGAGCUGAAGCCCUUCCCUGCGCGCCGCGGUCCUGGGUUCUCUGGGCCCCGCUUCGUACCGCACGGCCACGAUGAAGGCUGGGGCGGAUCCACGCGCAGCCGACCGCGCGUGGACACCGAGCUGCCCACCGGGGCCGCCAACAUCCAGCCACCUCCAGGACCCGCGAUCGCGUCUGCUACGGCGGCGACGACCGCGGGCACCCGAGAGCGCGACGGACCCGCCCAGUCCACCGUGCCGCCCCGCACGCAGAGCGGGAACCCAAAAAGGGCAACCACUCGGGCGCCCGCGCGGGAAGCUAAUGCCGCGACCGCGGCCACGCCUCCAGACGUGGUGGCGGCCCCGGCUCCGGUUCCUCCCACGCAACCCCUCACUCCAACCGCCGCCCACGCGACUCGCCCCACGGCUCAGUCCAUGGGGGUGGAUGAGUUUGAGUGGAACCUGAUGACGGAGGCCGAACGCGAGAACCACGGCAUUCUGCGCCGUCAAGGGCAGAUGGACGUGACACUCGAGGCCUCCGGUCAGCCACUCUCCGCCUGGUACCGAUGCUGGUCCAGCCCACCGGCGUCCAUGGCGGAGUCGUACGAGGCGAUGGAGCAGGAUGAUGAAGGAGACACGGACGAGGCCGGGGACGAUUUGUUCCCCGGCAUCGAUCUCGUGUUCUCCGACCCCAUCACCUCCUUCGCCAGCCAGUUGACCAAGGCGGCCCACGUCAAAGAGGUCAACCGGGCAGCUAGGGCGAAGGGAGUCGACACCAUCGAUCCACUCCCACCCGCUGACAAGCCCGAGUUCGGGGCGUGGGCCGGCACCAACAUCCAGACUGUGGUGCAGGCCCACAACCUGCGCUGGUGGGCUUUCGUCGAGUGGGACGAGGAUGCCCUGCGAUUCUACAAGUUC